UGCUUCUGAUUGGUAGCACGCGGGAAGUGCUGCUAUUCUCUCCGUUAUCGGGUUGUUGUUGGUAUAAUGUAGGCGAAAGAAGCGUCGGGUUCGGGUCGGAGGCGUCUUCCCUUAGGCGAGUGGAAGUGGCACCGCCCGCGCGUUGGCACCGCCGGCAUGAGAAAGCGGAACGAGUCCGUCACCUUGGAGCAUGAGCGCUUUGCCUCCUCUGCUCCGGCCUCAGCCGCCGCUUCCUCUUCACCCUCGCUGGAUAAGGGCUUCAGCUUGAGACCCAGCCCCCGUUUGUCCGGCAGCGUCCGGACCGCCGGUGACUCUGGCAUGAAGCGGGUACUUGGCAGGAGACAUGGAAUGUGGGUUCGAUUGCGGAAAGUAGUGAUCUGGUUGUUGGGUGUAUACAUAGCGAUUCCAUUUCUAGUUAAAAUUUGUCCUGCUAUUCAGGCAAAGCUUGUCUUCCUAAAUUUUGUAAGAGUGCCCUAUUUCAUUGAUUUGAAAAGACCGCAGGACCAAGGUUUAAACCAUACCUGUAACUACUAUCUACAGCCAGAAGAAGAUGUAACUAUUGGAGUCUGGCACACAGUUCCCACAUUUCUUUGGAAAGAUGCUCAAGGGAAGGACCACCUGUGGUAUGAGGAUGCUUUGGGUUCCAGUAAUCCUGUAAUCCUUUACUUGCAUGGAAAUGCAGGGACUAGAGGAGGGGAUCAUCGUGUAGAACUUUACAAGGUUUUAAGUUCUCUUGGUUACCAUGUAGUCACAUUUGAUUAUCGAGGAUGGGGAGACUCUAUAGGCACUCCCUCAGAAAGUGGGAUGACCUAUGAUGCUCUUCAUGUAUUUGAUUGGAUAAAAGCAAGAAGUGGAGACAAUCCAGUUUAUAUAUGGGGACACUCCUUGGGCACUGGAGUUGCAACCAACCUAGUAAGACGUCUUUGUGAAAGAGAAACUCCCCCAGAUGCCCUGAUACUAGAAUCACCUUUCACAAACAUACGUGAAGAAGCAAAAAGCCAUCCCUUUUCAGUGAUCUAUAGAUAUUUCCCAGGAUUUGACUGGUUUUUCCUUGACCCUAUCACAUCAAGUGGAAUAAGGUUUGCCAAUGAUGAGAACGUGAAGCACAUUUCAUGCUCUCUGCUUAUUCUUCAUGCUGAAGAUGAUCCUGUUGUUCCAUUUCAUCUUGGAAAAAAGCUAUACAACAUUGCUGCCCCAUCUCGGAGCUUUCGUGAUUACAAAGUACAGUUUGUUCCAUUUCACACAGACCUAGGCUACAGGCAUAAAUACAUCUACAAGAGCCCUGAGCUACCUCGGAUAUUACGGGAAUUCCUUGGAAAAUCUGUACAUCACCAUCAUCACGGAAGACUUUAACAUGGUAGACUUAAGAUCAUACCAUCUUUAAAAAAGAGAAAGAAAAAAAGUCUGCCAUUACUGAAACCCAAGCACUGGAUAUGCCACUGAUUCUGGCUUCAGUUCUAAAAGAUACCUUGAAAUCCCAGGUUGUGGGAUAGUAGAUAAGAAGAAUGAAUGUAGUUGGAUUCUGUGUCCUUUUUUAUUAUUUCUAAAGAAUAAGGGAGCAAAAUAGUGGAACAAUUAAGUUCAAGCACAAUAAAGACUUUGCAACUCCCCACCCCCACCCCCAUGCCCCCGUUUUCUCCCAGAAGUUAUAAAUAUUCCUACAAUAUUGUGCUGGAUUGUUACAACAGCUCUUUACAAGAUGAAAGAACUUGCACUCUAAAACAUAAAUGGACUAUAGUUAUCUGCAAAAAUGUAAUUCUUACAAUUUUUCAGUGCUGUCUCUACUUUAUUUGAGUUGCAGGUUCUCUUCUAGAAUUUAGUUUGGUAAGGGAUGUUUUUCUCCUGUCAGUUAUCUCUUUGGGAGUUGGAGAUGAUGAUGUAGUUUUUAGAUUAAUUUUAGAACCCAGACAGGCAUACAAGAAAACAUUUCACAAUGAAUUGAAGGAUGGCUUACCUUUAAAAAGAGAUGUCCAUUUGAUCAUUGUAAUUUAAUAGCAGCUAAUUUUCCCUUUAUUUGUUUGCUUUCAAGUUGCCCAGGCAGAAGUAAUAUAUAAAAAUCUUUACCAUACCUCAGUCUACAGGCACACAUCCACCCUGAAAUCCUGCCUCCCUACUUUUCAAACCAUUUUCUUUGGACAUAUAUAUCCCUUAAGUGACAUAGACUGUACUGAUUAAAAAUUAUCCUUGGAAGUUGUUUGAGGUAACUAUUCUGUUAACAGAAGGUGUCUUUCAGUUCAGAAUUGUUGGAGCCUGUGUGGUAAAGAUGUCUUCCAGUCUCUUCUAAUCAUAGAGAGACAUACAAGCACUUUGAGAGUGAAAAAGAAAUGAUACCAUUUUAAACCAUCGUGAUUCUUCAGACACCCCAUCCUAACUAUUUCCUUCAAAAUGCUCAGGUACAUUAGAGCUGGUCAAAAACUUCCUUUUUAUAUACGAGGGAAGGAAAUCAACCCUUUAAGCUGAUCUCCUUUGAUGUGCAUUUUCUUUGGGAAUUCUGAAUUCUCAGCAGUGAAACUACGCACAUGGAAUGCUGAAUAUUACCCAAGUCAACCAAAGGUAUUGAAAGUGAUACAUUCUUAUGUUAACGAUACUUUAUCCCUGAUCAUUAAAGUAAUUCCUUCCUACUGUAAAAACUGAAGAUUGGUUUUAGUUUGCUACGUAUAUUAUUAAAACCUGUGAUGUACGAAACCUACCAGACCGGCUUUGAAUGUUCCCUUCAGUUAGCACAAGAUGUGAACAAAGAACGUUUUUCUUUUGCUAUAAUUAACUAAUUAUAUGCUAUAAUUGUUUUAACUAAUUGUUGAAACAAUUAGUUUUAACAAAUGUUGAAUCUGGCUUUCAUGUACCGCUUUUGAGACUGACCAAAUCAUGUAUUUUAUGAAAACCUAGUCCCUUUCCCCAGUUUUGGCUUAAUCAACAGCAGUGCUGUAAUUGCUUUCAUUUUGAUUGGAAAGAGGUGACUCAUUAAAGCUGCAGUGACUUUUGCCAAGGAGGUUUCUGCUGCCGUUGUGUGAUCCUGGAAGCUGAUGUGGCUUCUUGACUGAGCUGAAGACCAGGGCUGCUUUCGCAGUGCCGUGCAUUCCAAACCACUUCUUCCAAAUAAAAUCUGAAGUAUUGCAUAGCCUUAAUAAAUGGAGAUAUGUAUAAUCCUCCCACAUGCACAUAAAUGUUUUGUUCUUUAUGUGUGAUGAAACAAGCCAAAAGUUGCAGUGAACCAUAGUUUGGGCUGAGAAACUAUGGGUAGUGUCUUUCAAACCAGACAAAUUAUAAAGCCAUUGUUUAAAAAUGGAUUCUAUAUCCUAGCUUGUUUAGGAGCCAUUAACACUAAUUUCCAGUUUGGAUGUUAUGUGGGGCUGUGGUUUACUGAGACUUGAUCCGUUCCCUAGUUCAUGCAAAGGAGGAACAAAGUGAUUGUUCAUGAGUGCAUAACAUUCCUGUGUAACUUUGCUUGUAAAGCUGGGACAUGAUCAUCCAAAAACUGCCAUUGUGAUUACUAAUGCCUGUUUUCGAGACUUGUAAAAUCUACAUCUCUCAUGGCAAAAAGGAUAGCGUGGAUGUUCAUUUAGGUCAGUCUUCCUCAACCUGGGAGCCCUCCUUAUAUGUUGGGACUUCAGUUCUAUAUUGGCUAAGAAUGGUAGGGGCCACACGUUAGGGAGGAAGCUAGAGAAGGCUGGCUUAGGUAGUACAGUGUAUAUUUUGCUAUUUGCACAUAUUUUGUUUUGCUAACACAAUUCAAUGCAGGCAUGGCAUGGUGAGCAAUUAGAGCAAAGGAAUCAUGAGCCAUUGUGGCUGAUGGGCUGAAGCAGACUGCUUUACAGUGACCCCACUUUUUGUGAAGUUGGCCCUGAAAUGUGUCAUGUCUUAAACAUUCAAUAUUGGGCAUAAUAGACUAGGUACUAAUACUUAGAAUAAUUUUUUAGUCUGAAAGAUAUAGAGGGUACUGUCUACUAAUAUUGUCUGUAUAUUACAUUUUGCAUGUAUCAGACACACACAACUUGCAGAUUCAUUGUGUGUGCAAACAGUAGCUUGUUCUUUGCAUCGAGGCUUUCUGCGGUUAUGCAAUCCAUCAGUUUUGAUUCACAGUAACUUCCAAGAUAAUUGUGCCACAUAAAAUUUCAUCUUUUAUCCCCUGCCUCGUGUUUAGGAUUAUUGCAUUAACAAAGGCAAAAAUGCCGUUUUGGCUCUUUUGAAGAAACCGAGAGAACGUUUUGUCUAGCGCUGCUCCUGCUGACACCUCCUUUAGUGUUGAUAAAAGUACAGACUAAUGUGGCGAUGUCAACUCUGCCAGUGCAACAGAAAUUAGAUCCAAAGCAUGCACGGUGCUGUUUGUUCUGACACAUCUGUUCCAAUUGUUAGGCCAAUAACAUGCAUUGAAAUUGAAAUGUUUAUCUAAACAGUGUGUAGUUUUAAUAAAACAAAUGAUUUAUGACUUC